AUGGCAAACCAGUGGAUUAUCGAUGUUAAAAAUGGUCUUCGGAACCACAAUCUAGAUUCCUUCCGAAGAUCUGAGGAGGUAUCGAUAUAUGAAUUCCCCGAAUUCCUUGUUCAGCUGAAGCAGAGCGCUUAUUUUCCACAAAUGGUGCGAUUAGGCCCACUUCAUCACGAUCCGACUCUUUCUCAAAUGCAUACUCAUAAAUUGCAUGCUACACGAAAAAUGUUUAGCUUGCCCGAGGAGGAUUUGGAAAGAGAAGUGAUUGGGCCUAUUCUCGCUCUGGUUCCCAGGGUAAGAAAAUGCUACCGACAGAACAUCGAGUACCAAGAUGGGUAUCUUGCUUGGAUGCUCACUUUGGAUGCUUGUUUUAUCUUAGAAAUUUUUAGGGCUUUGGAUAGUAAAGCGAAUUCGGAUCACUCUUUUUUCAACCGAAAUACUAUUGUAUACACUGUGUACCCCAUAUUAACUGACAUUCUGAUGCUGGAGAACCAAAUUCCACUCUUUGUUCUGGUCAGGAUAUUAGGGUUGCAGCUUAAAAUAGAUGAAGAAAGCGCAUUUACAAAGCUCUGCAAACUGUUCGAUGAUGCCCGUAUAAAAAGGUUGCUCUACCCUUUUAAGGAGGGUGCGUUUAAGGAGAAAGCCCCUCCGCGAUUUGAAAUUGUAAGCGAACAAAAUAGUAAGCAUCUUUUGAAUUUAUUCCACCAGCAAUCUCCUUUUGAUACCAAAAGAGAGUUUAUCUUCCCCUCUGCUUCAGAGCUCCAUAAAGAUACCGAUCAGCGAUGUCCUGUUCAUACCAAACGAGAGAUUAUAAUACCCACUGCUUCUGAAUUAAGGCGUGCUGGGAUCAAAUUCACAAAGAUGGAGGGCAAAUUAAUGGAGAUUAGCAUUAAGAAGAAUAGAUUUCACCUCCCCAGAAUCAGAAUCUCUAGUGGCGUUGAAACCCUCCUGCACAAUCUUAUGCCAUUUGAAAUAUGUGAGGCGGACGACAGAUGUGUGAUAUCAAGGUACGUUCAUGUCAUGUAUGAGCUCAUUCAUUCUGAAAGAGAUGUCUCUGUCCUAAGAAAAGCUGAAAUUAUCAAGAGCUACUUGGGAAGCGACCGGGAAGUGGCCGAUCUCUUCAAAACACUGAGCAAAGGCAUAACUAGAAGCUACAAGGAUCCGUUUGCUAAGGUGAGAGAAGAUGCCCAUAAACAUUACCAUAGCAAAAUUAAGGUGAUGGUUGCUGAAUUCACAGAUGACCAUCGUUCAAGUCCAUGGAUAACUGUUUCAGUUAUUGCAGCAUGCUUGAUUUUGUUCUUCGCCGCCGUGCAAACCAUUUUCUCACUGCAUCGUAAGCUUCUUACAAAUUAA